AUACAUACAAUGGUACAGUCCUGUUACCUCUACAUGAAUGUUUUUAUUUUGUUAUCUGAAGAAAAAGUACUUUUAUUUCGCCCUAUUCUCGAUGUUAUAGGACGCAUACACCCCCGCCGGCCAACCGCAGUGGUUCGUCCCGCCUGCACCGCCCUCGAGCUUCGGAGCGAGCUUCCGUACCGCUCCUUCAACCGCUGUCAAAUUGAGCUAAAGAGGACACAGCUACACUGCUAGCGUUAUGUUAUCGCGAUCCAGAUGUGCAUACCGGACGCUCGGUCGUUCUCUGUCAGCGGUGAGCCAGGCAAAUAAUGUGCUGGUCCGACGAAGUGUUUCAGGUCUUCCCGUCUGCAGCCAGCUAGUUUAUACAAAUUCACAACCAUGUGAAUUUCCAUCCUCAGCAAAUGUCUUCCACAUCAGAUACUUCAAGACAUCUGCUGUCCACAGGGAUGAGGUUGUCACGGUCAAAACGCCGGCAUUUGCAGAAUCUGUUUCAGAGGGGGAUGUGAGGUGGGAGAAAGCGGUGGGCGACUCGGUGAAUGAAGAUGAAGUGGUGUGUGAAAUUGAGACUGACAAGACCUCGGUACAAGUCCCCGCUCCAGCAGCUGGUGUAAUUGAGGAACUGUUGGUGCCCGAUGGAGGAAGGGUAGAACCAGGAAUGCCCCUCUUCAAACUCCAGAAAGGAGCUGUUCCUGCCAAAGCUGCUUCCUCCCCAGCAGCAGAGGCACCGGCUGCAGCACCUCCUCCUCCUCCUCCAGCUUCAGCUCCCACUGCAAUGCCUCCAGUGCCUCCAGUGCCACAACAGGCUGCACAAGCCAAACCUGUUUCUGCCAUCAAGCUCACGGCUGCAGCACCAGCUCCUGUAACAUCAGCAGGGAGAGGAGAAAACAGGGUGAAGAUGAACCGUAUGAGGUUGAGGAUUGCCCAGAGGCUAAAGGAGGCUCAGACCACCUGCGCCAUGUUGACCACCUUCAAUGAGGUGGACAUGGGCAACAUUCAGGACAUGAGGACAAUCUAUAAGGAUGCUUUCUUAAAGAAGCACAACAUCAAACUGGGUUUCAUGUCGGCGUUUGUGAAGGCUGCUGCUCACGCUCUGACUGACCAACCUGCUGUCAAUGCCGUUAUUGACGAUUCAACCAAAGAGAUCGUCUACAGGGAUUAUGUAGACAUUAGCGUCGCUGUGGCUACUCCAAAGGGGCUUGUUGUACCGGUGAUCCGCAACGUGGAGACCAUGAACUUCGCUGACAUUGAGAAAACCAUUAAUGCGUUGGGAGAAAAGGCUCGUAACAACGCGUUGGCUGUUGAAGACAUGGACGGAGGCACCUUCACCAUCAGCAACGGUGGCGUGUUUGGCUCCAUGUUCGGCACGCCCAUCAUCAACCCGCCACAGUCUGCCAUCCUGGGCAUGCACGGCAUCUUCGACCGACCCAUGGCCGUCAAUGGCAAGGUUGAGAUCCGGCCCAUGAUGUACAUAGCGCUGACGUACGACCACCGACUGGUUGACGGCAGAGAAGCGGUCACUUUCCUACGCAAGAUCAAAGCGGUGGUGGAAGAUCCCCGCGUGCUGCUUCUGGACAUGUGAUGUUUCUACCACCACAUUACUUGUAUUUAAAGCUGCAUAAAACGAACUCCACGUCACAAAACACGCACAAGUCGUACAAAAAAAAAUAAAUCUUUUGCUGUCCCCUUUAAAUGUUCAGUCAGACCUUUCGGGUAUAACGAGGUUGAGUUGACGCACUCAUAUCGAGCUUAAAUACGUGGUAUUAUCUGUAGAGACUGCUUGCCAUCUUCUGUCGGUUAUUGUUUUUGCUACAUUUGAAUUUACUCACAUUUACGUUACACGUAUUUGGACAGAAAUUGGCACACGGGCUUAAAAAGUUGAAGAUAACUCUCACAUGGGUGUGUUGUUGUACCCGUGAGCUCUUCAGGUGAAAAUACGAGGCAGUAGAUAAACACUCGCUGCAUCCUUGUCACAUUGGUGCAAUCGUAAAACUAAAUGGCUUUUCCAGGCAGCAUUUGGCUGCGUGACUUUCUCCCCUGCUCGUUAGUCGCUGCCCCCUUUUUAGCCCCUUUUUCCCACAGCCGGGCCAA